AUGGCCAAAUCUCCCUAUGGAGGAGUAUCGCCCUUCUGGUACCCUAAGCGGGACAUGUCAGGGUGGAUAUUCGCAGUCAACUUUGCUUGGAGUUCUCCAGAUAUGGAAGCUGGGAGGCAGUAUCUGGAGCAAGUCGCUGCUUUAGGGGACGGGGCGGAUACAUCGAUGGUCAAGGAAAUGACCCCGACGGAACUGAUUAAUCUCAUUGUGUCGUGGACCCCAGGCAGAGUGUAUGGGCGCGAGGCAUGCAACGCGGUGAGUUUUGGAAAAAUCACGGAGCGAACAGCCGAUGUGGUGGGAGAUUUCCUGUCGAAAAGACCCGUGGACUCGGCCAAUGUGGUGUUGAUCCAUGAAAUGCGAGGCUCUUCGGCGGAGCCUGACCCGGGAUCUUGCUUUGGAGCGCGCCUCGCUCACUCUGUAAUGGAAAUAGUUGGCAUCACGAUCGAUCCGGGCAACGUUGAGGCGUCCACGCAGCGGUAUCGGGAGUUGUAUGAGGCAUUGCAAGGCACGGGCGACGCGCUGGGUGUCACGUAUGCGUCGCUGACGCAGACUCGGGACACGGAGAUCAGCCGGUUGUUUGGCAAGGACCAUCAAUUUGUGAUGGACUUGAAGAACAAAUGGGAUCCGGAAGGGCUUUUCGACAAUACUGAACCAAGGCUGCGGGCUUGA